CCCUCCUACUGUACUUGCUCUGGGCACCGUUGAACCGUGUGUUUCCUCGCGUUUUCGAUAUGGAGUAUGAGUGGAAACCGGACGAGCACGGCUUACAGCAGAUCUUGCAGCUGCUUAAAGAGUCUCAGUCCCCUGAUACCUCCACGCAGAGAUCUGUGCAACAAAAAUUGGAGCAACUGAACCAAUUCCCAGACUUCAACAACUAUCUUAUUUUUGUUCUUACCAAGUUAAAAUCUGAAGAUGAACCUACAAGAUCUCUGAGUGGCUUGAUACUAAAAAAUAACGUGAAGGCACAUUUUCAGAAUUUUCCCAAUGGUGUGACUGACUUUAUUAAAAGUGAAUGCUUAAAUAACAUUGGUGAUUCUUCACCGUUAAUUCGAGCUACUGUAGGUAUCUUGAUUACAACAAUUGCAUCAAAAGGAGAAUUACAGAACUGGCCUGAACUUUUGCCAAAGCUAUGUAGUUUAUUGGAUUCUGAGGAUUACAAUACUUGUGAAGGAGCCUUUGGAGCCCUUCAGAAAAUAUGUGAGGAUUCUACUGAAAUUUUAGACAGUGAUGUUUUAGAAAGACCACUGAAUGUCAUGAUACCGAAGUUUCUACAAUUCUUCAAACACAGUAGUCCAAAAAUAAGAAUGCCUAUAAUUUGGUUUGUUGAUGCCAAGUACAUGUUGCAGAGGACUCAGGACCCAGAUGAAAAUGUUUCUUUAGAGGCAUGCGAAUUCUGGCUGACUCUUGCUGAACAGAAUAUUUGUAAAGAAGUUUUAACAAGACAUCUUGAAAAGUUGAUACCUGUUUUAGUAAAUGGAAUGAAAUAUUCUGAAAUUGAUAUUAUCUUGCUUAAGGGUGAUGUUGAAGAAGAUGAAGCAGUUCCCGACAGCGAACAGGAUAUUAGGCCGCGUUUCCACAGAUCAAAGACAGUGGCACAGCAGCAUGAAGAGGAUGGGAUUGGAGAGGAUGAUGAAGAUGAUGAUGAGCUUGAUGAUGAUGACACAAUAUCUGACUGGAAUAUAAGGAAAUGUUCUGCUGCUGCACUGGAUGUUCUUGCAAAUGUGUUUCGUGAUGAACUCUUACCACACAUCUUGCCUCUCUUAAAAGAACUUCUUUUCCACCAGGAGUGGGUUGUCAAGGAGUCUGGAAUCUUAGUUCUUGGAGCAAUUGCUGAAGGUUGUAUGCAGGGUAUGAUAACAUAUCUCCCAGAGCUUAUACCUCACCUUGUACAGUGCCUUUCUGACAAAAAGGCUCUUGUGCGCUCUAUCACUUGUUGGACUCUUAGCCGAUAUGCGCACUGGGUAGUUAGCCAGCCACCAGACAUGUAUUUGAAGCCAUUAAUGACAGAACUGCUAAAACGCAUCUUAGAUAGCAACAAACGUGUACAAGAAGCUGCUUGCAGGUCACUAAAUAUUGGAAGUGAUGACCUCUCUUCACCACUAGAUGGAGCAGAGUACAUUCAAAUGCUGAUGCCUCCACUUAUUCAAAAAUGGAAUGUACUGAAGGAUGAGGACAAAGAUCUUUUCCCUUUACUUGAGUGCCUGUCUUCUGUUGCUACUGCUCUUCAGUCCGGUUUCUUACCAUACUGUGAACCUGUAUAUCAACGCUGUGUGAACCUAGUACAAAAGACUCUUGCACAAGCAAUGUUGCACAAUGCUCAGCCAGAGCAAUAUGAAUCUCCAGAUAAAGACUUUAUGAUUGUUGCCCUAGAUUUGCUCAGUGGAUUGGCUGAAGGCCUUGGUGGCAACAUUGAACAGCUUGUAGCACGGAGCAAUAUCCUUACUUUAAUGUACCAGUGUAUGCAGUAUGAAGAAAGUAUUGAGAUGCAACCUUAUAUUCCAAUGGUGUUAAACCAACUUGUAGAAAUAAUUAACAGACCCAACACACCAAAGACUCUCUUAGAGAAUACAGCAAUAACAAUUGGUCGUCUUGGUUACGUUUGUCCUCAAGAGGUGGCCCCCAUGCUACAGCAGUUUAUAAGACCCUGGUGUACAUCAUUACGAAACAUCAGAGAUAAUGAGGAGAAAGAUUCAGCUUUUCGUGGAAUCUGCACUAUGAUCAGUGUUAAUCCGGGUGGAGUAGUUCAGGAUUUUAUAUUUUUUUGUGAUGCUGUGGCAUCAUGGAUAAAUCCGAAAGAAGAUCUUAGAGACAUGUUUUGUAAGAUUCUUCAUGGGUUUAAAAACCAAGUAGGGGAUGAAAAUUGGAGGCGAUUCUCAGACCAAUUUCCUCUUCCUCUUAAAGAACGUCUUGCUGCUUACUAUGGAGUCUAGUCUAGAUUUGCUCUAGCUGCAUUCUCGCUAUUAGGGGUCCUUCAGUCUGGGAGACAACGUGGGAGCCUCAGAACCCAGGGAAAAUGCUACCCUUUUACAGGGGGGAAGGGUAAACCAGUAGGAAAUACAGUACAAUCCCAAAAGCCUACUGGGAGGGGCGGGAGGGAGGUGUUGCCGUCACUGUAUUAAGUCGAUGUUGGAAAACGUUUAAACGUCUGGAGCCUUUGUGGGAGGAAAUGUCUCCUUUUUCAGUUCUGCACUGGAUGUGAGGAAACAAAUGAAGACUAUAAAUGCCAAACAGCAGAUUUUGGUAAAUCGGGAAUUGUACGGUAAAGAAGUACCUUUAUAGUUGAACUCUAGGGGAUAAGUAACAGGAAACAAUAAAUUUUGCACAUGUUAAAGGAAAUCUUAUGAAUGGGAUUAUAUUGAUUUAUAUAUUUUUUUUUUUUUUUUUUAAGCGAAGGGGGCGAUAAAAUGUCUGUCCCACUGAUUGGGAGUUCUUGAUGUUUGCAUGUUAAAUGAAGAUACACUUAGAUGAAGUCAGUCCUGUUAAAUGCAGCUUGAUAUACUUAAGAGCAGGUACUAAACAAAUGCCUGCUGAUAGAGAGAAAAAAAAAUCUACUGCAUAAUGUGACAUUCAAAAAAAAAGCCAAAUAUAUUGUGUAUUUGUUUUAUUUAUUUUUUUAAGAGGGAAGAAACAAGUCAAAUAUAACUGUUUUUAGUUUACAAUAUACAUUAAUUUUUUUAUUUUUAUAAGAAUAGUCCCUUUGCUGCUAAAACACUUGCAAAUGAAUGCUCAGCAGAGGUGAUGAAUUCUUUACCAAGACAUAUUUUGUUUCCCUUCAGUGGUAGCUAUAGCCUGAGAAGUUUUGCACAGUCUUAAGCUUUUCCAAGUCUGGAGGGAUAUAAAGUCCUAAACAAUCAGUGGUAAAAAAGUAUUGUAACAUAGAGAGAUAAAGAAGUAUACUUGUGUCACACUGUAAGGUAGGAAAAUAAUUACCCGUAUGCGUCAGGAUUUUUUCUUCUUUAGUUUACCUGUUAAAAUAUAGCCCUAUUUUUAUUUUUUUUUAAUAUAGGUAGCAGUGAUGCACCCUACGGUUAAACAAUAAAUAAGAAAAAUCUCUUUAAUUUGGAAGACAAAGAUAUUAGUAUUGUAUUGUGCAUAACACAAUAUGAGAAGCUGGUAUACUUGUGCAGAACCUCUUGUCAGUGUGAUGUGUUUUUUGCAUGGUAAUGUACAAGGGGUUUUAUAAGAAUGAGUUCCAAGAUGAUAGAAAAAAAAUAACCGUUUAUUGCUGCAUACAUAUUUUAUUACACUGUAGAAAUCAAGAUAAUUGUUAUAAUUUAGUGUUUAUUCCAACAACAUAUUAACCUUGUUUCCCCCCCCCCCCCCCCAAAGCAUGAUCUUGGAACAUCUUAAGUUAAUAGGUAAGACGCAGGGUAUCUGCACUGUUGGUGGCCCUUUGUACCAUGUAUGUUAAGGGGUGCAAGUUUAAAGCUACACAAUGAAAGUUGGGUUUUGAUUCCCUUUUUCAUUUAAUUUGUUUAACUUUUCUGUUGCUUUUCCACUUGUAUUCCUGUGAAUAAACCCUUGUUAAUUUAACCUUUUACUUUUCUUUCCACGUGUAUUUUUCUUAUGUACUGUGAAUGUGAAAAACUUUACUGGUACACUUGAUAUUGUGUCCAUGUGAAAGAGCAAGUCUUUAAUAAUGCAGAUUGCCUAUAAGGUAUCCCAUGAUGAUGAUGAAGAAAAUAAAAUGUAUGUAUCUCUGCAGGUCAGAGUUUUCUAAUACUGAUUUUUCAACUUGUAAACAAAAAUGAUUAAGCCAUACUCUUCUAUAUUAUACAUUUCUCAGUUUGUUUCAAAAUAAACAUUUUUUUAUAGAAUGGAAAAAAAUCCAUUUCCAUGGUUUUAUUUCAUUUGUGAAAAAAAUUGCAAAAGCCAUUGCACUAUAUAUGAGAUCAUAAGAGACCGAUUUUAAUUAUACUUUUUGUCACCUAUUCUUCCUAAAGAAAUGAAAUGCAUUUGUGGUUUGUUUUGUUUUGAUGUUGGUCUUUGCCUGACAUCUCUUGGAGUGAUUUGCGAGUUCCAUGCAGAUUGUUCACAGUGCACAAUCCAACAAAAAGGGCUGAGGAAAUUUUGCAGGAUGAUAGAAAAAAUUAACAGAUGUUAUAAAUUUGAUACUUUUUUUUUUUUUUUUUUGGUUACACAAAAAAAAUCUUUCUUGUGAUUAAUAAUAGCAGGGAAGGGAAGGCCUUACAUUUUAAUCUCCUUUCCUAAAAAUGUUGGUUUUAAAGCAUGCUACGAUUUAGAAUCCAUUACCAGUUUUGUAAACGUAAGCAUGCAUAAAGUUGUAAUUUAAUUUUAACAUUUUAGCUGAUAUUUGCACUCAGGUAUUAAAUCUGGUAAGAAAGCGAAUGUUGUAUCGGAUCUCAAACUCUUGCUUUAGUUCAGAAGCUAGGAUUCUAGCAUAUGAAAGCAAAUUGACCGAAGUGCACUGUGCAGUGAAAAAAAAAUAACUUCUUGGCACAAGAAAGUGCCUAUUUUUCUGCAGGCAAAAAACAAACAAACUAUUUUCUUGCGAAAACUACCAUAAUUGGUAUAAAAAAAAAAAAAAUCAUAGAUCAAACCGAAGAAAACUGUGUUUCUCUUAGUAGGUCUUUGUUCUUUCCCUACUGUAAGUGAUUGCUUAUAUACCAUAAUAAAUAUAAAGUACUAAUUGCUCAAUGUGUGUGGGCUUUAAUACACCUAAUUGUAUGCCUGUCUCUUACCAAAAUAGUCUGGACAGAAGUUGUAACCAAUAAAACAAUUGCAAAAUUGAUUAAACCCCAUUAAGAGUUUUCUUUUUGCUUGGUUUUAAUUCCUAAAAUCAUUUAAUAGUACCUUAAGUCAAUUGUAAUAAUUACACUUUUGUUAAUCUUAAUAAGAACAGGAGACAGGAUUGCCAUUUCUGACUCAUAAUCAACGGUUCUUUAAUUUGUGCAUCAUGGGAUAUAUAAGCGUUUUUCUAUUGUGAUCUAGUCUUGACAGUUGUUGAAUGUCAAUGGAAUGUCUAUAGAAUUGUGAGUCUUGUCUUGUUACAUUCCAGUGUUUUCUGCCUCUUGGCAUGUGAAAAGCACGGCUUAAAUGUCUCUCUCACACUGAAUAAAAGUGCUGUUAGUGUGCUAAACUACAUAAAUAGCCGCUGCUAUGAUGUGAUGUAGAUUUUCUACUUGAAUAUUUUUAUGUUGUAGGAACCUCAGGAGGGUCUGUGUUUACUGUUUUAUAUCUACCUUCUAAUUUCCUGUUUGAGCUUCCCUCUCUUUGAAGGACUCUAACCAUAAGAAAAAUAAACAGCUGCUUUUAACCUAAGUUGAUAACAGAAAGUAUUAUUUAUAAAAAAUAAUCAUGUAGAAAGCCUAUUAACUUUCUGCAGCCAAUACCUUAGUACUUCUAUGGUAAUGAGUUUAUUACCCUGUUAGCAAUAGAGUAAAUGAGAUUAAUUUCUAUAAACAAAACUCUGCAAGUCUUACGCAAACACAUAAUGUAAAAGAGUUAGCAAUUCUGAUGAAUGUCCCUUUGCUGUCACAGUUUAUGGCCUUACAGUUAUACUGUGAAGAUUUGCCCAGCCAGCAAUAUGAUGCAGUUACAUUGCAGGUUGCGGACGUAGGUCCAUAACUACUUAACAAAAUGUGUUUUGCUUUUUUUUACCACAUAGCUGAGGUUCAUAGCAAAUUUCAGAUACUUCUGUUUACGUUGUAAUAAAGAUCAUUACCCUUACAAACGUAAAGCUCUUUUAUAUUCAGAUUGUAUGAAAAUAUUUUGUUGUAAGCCAUUUUAUUCAUAUACUAUUUAAAUAUACUUUAAAUGCUUGCAGAGUUGUGUGGCUAUCAUUUAAAUAACCAUGGAUAUGCUAUUACAGUCGUCUUAUAAUAAAAUGUAGUCAUUAAGCAGGUCCAACAAUACCAUUAUUAACAAAUAUAAACACUGAAUGUAAGUUAUCAAUUCAAAACAAUUGUGAAAUAGAUUUUUUUUUUUUCUGUUAGCAAAUUAGGUUGUAAAAAUUUUAAUACAAGCUUUAUAGCAGAUUGUUUCUUUAAAGGGACAUUAAACUCAAAAUAAUUAUAUGAAACAUGAAAAAAGAACACACAUUAGAAAUGUUUGCAUGAAAAUGGUCAUUAACACUGUUAAAUUGAUAUUGAAACUAACAGAAAAUGCAUGUCUAUCAAGGAUCAUUGCUCAAUAAGGACAACUCACAACUGUAAUGUUGCAAAAAGUGACAGAUCCUCACCAUCAUCAAAAUAAAAUGUUUUUUGUAAGCACAGAAACAUUUUAUUCUUUUUCUAAAAACACAGGCUAUAAUACAUUUUAAAAUACCCUCUUUUAGCUGCAUCUCAGAAAAAUAUUGACUUUAAUGUCCCUUUACAUUUCUUAGUUACGAUGUUUCUUUCAAACAUAUCCUUAACUUUAACCAUCUAAACUGAGUUAUGUUUCUCAGUUUCCUUCUGCUUAUUCACUAUAAAUAUAUGGUUUUAGUUUUGAUAAGCUGCUGAAUUUUAAACCUUUUUUUGGGGCCACCAAAUAUUUUGGAUCAUGCAGAGAAUAUAUAUUGUACUGUAGUAAUUUUGUAUUUACAUUUGUAUGAUGUGACAAUAGAUGUGAAUGUUAAUCAUUGCUUGGCUGAGUUAAUAAAGUUGUUCCAAUACA